GUGUCCGGCCCUCCGUGCAGCGGGAGAACAGGCGGCCCGAGCGCAGCCCCGGCCCCGGGAGGUGCAGCCCCAGGCCGGUGUUUGUGCCCGGGGGUGCUGGGCCCUGUCACAGACCGUCUGGCGGGGACGUUUUGGUUUCCUGGCAGCUGGAUUUCCUUCAGCCCUUACACAUGGAGCGGCGUGGUGUGAGGAGGGAGACCUGUGGAUGGACAGGAGGGGCAAUGGGAGGCUGCCAGCGCGGGAGGGAAUUCUGGUGCAAGGACUGACUUACUCUUUCUUUCUCUCUAGCAAUUGCAGCAGGCGCUGGCAGCACAGCCCUCUGUCAUUUCCCAGGAAAACUCCCAAACCAAAGGACUUGUCCUGCUGCCAACACCCCCCGUCAUCCUCAGCCAGCGGUGCGAUCCCUCCGUGCAGCCGGACAGCCCUUCCCCGAUGCAGAGGGAACGAUGCCGUGAGGGCUGGUGAGCCCUGGCCAGAGCCAUGACAGAGCCCCACAGGGUGUCGUUCACCACCCUGCACGGCCCCCUGAGCAGCAGCUUCCUCAAGAGGUCCCGCAGGGAGGACGGGGAGCAGCCCCCGGAGCCCGAGCCGACGGCCACGGCCGUGCGGAUCACACUGACCCUCUUCGAGCCCGACCACAAGCGCUGCCCCGAGUUCUUCUACCCAGACCUGCUCAAGAGCUGCCGGGGGAAGGUCAAAGGGAGCUCCUCAGGUGACAAGAAGAAAGAUCCAACUGAUCCUUUUAAUGAUGAGGAAAAGGAAAGACAUAAAGUGGAGGCUCUUGCAAGGAAGUUUGAAGAAAAAUAUGGGGGGAAGAGACGCAGGAAGGACCGGAUUCAGGACCUGAUCGAUAUGGGGUACGGCUACGACGAGUCCGACUCCUUCAUCGAUAACUCUGAAGCCUAUGAUGAGCUUGUUCCUGCUUCUCUUACUACAAAGUAUGGAGGGUUUUACAUCAACUCAGGGACGCUGCAGUUCCGUCAGGCGUCUGAGUCUGAAGAUGACUAUGUCAAAGAGAAGAAGAAGAAGUGUCCCAAGAAGCGGAAGUUGAAAGACGGAGGUGAAAAAAUGAAGAAGAAGAAAAAAGAUGAUUCUUACGACAAGGAAAAGAAAUCCAAAAAGUCCAAGUUUCCAAAAGCUGGCUUCACAGCAUUAAAUGCAAGUAAGGAGAAGAAGAAGAAAAAAUACUCUGGAGCUCUCAGUGUCAAGGAGAUGCUGAAGAAGUUUCAGAAGGAGAAGGAUGCUCAGAAGAAAAAAGAUGAAGAGCAGAAAGUGGUGGCUCCUUCCCCAGCAGACCCUGCGGGCCCGAGGGAGGCAGAGGCGAUGCCGGACCCUCUGCUCUCGCUCUUCGGCCACGCCAGUGACACCGACCUGCUCCAGGCAGCCACAGCCAUGGACUCCCUGAGUGACCUGGACCUGGAGAGGCUCCUCAGCGAGUCCCCAGAGGGCAGCCCCUUCCCUGAUGUGGAGGAUGGGAGCGAUCCUGGUGGCACGGGCUUGGAGCAGGAUUUCAAGCAGCCGCCGUCCCUCCCUGAAGGCCUCCCAGCCCCGCUGGAGAAACGCAUCAAAGAGCUGGCUCAGGCUGCCAGGGCUGCCGAGGGAGAAGGCAAACAGAGAUUCUUCACUCAGGAUAUCAACAACAUCAUACUGGACAUAGAGCUGCAGACCCGGGAGCUGAGCAGCCAGGUGAGGUCAGGGGUGUAUGCACACCUGGCUGCCUUCUUCCCCUGCAGCAAGGACACCCUGGUCAAGAGGGCCCGGAAGCUUUAUCUCUAUGAGCAGGGCGGCCGGUUGAGGGAGCCCCUGCAGAAGCUCAAGGAAGCCAUUGGCAGGGCCAUGCCAGAGCAGGUUGCCAAGUACCAGGAGGAAUGCCAAGCCCACACUCAGGCCAAGUUUGCCAAGAUGCUGGAGGAGGAAAAGGACAAGGAGCAGCGAGAUCGAGUUUGUUCUGACGAUGAGGAGGAUGAGGAGAAGGGAGGGAAGCGCGUCGCGGGGCCGCGGAAGAAAUUCCAAUGGAAUGAUGAAAUCAGGGAGCUGCUUUGCCACUUGGUGAAGAUUAAGUUGGAUGGUUAUGACCUUGACAAGAAUAAAGCUCAGUCUCUAGAGGAUUAUGUGAAGACCUUCCUAGAAGGAGAGGUGAAGCCCCUUUGGCCAAAAGGCUGGAUGCAGGCCAGGGCGAAGAAGAAAGUUAUGGCUCCUACUAAGGUGAAAGUGAAGGAAUCUUCCUGCAAGGCAGAUAAAAAGCUGUCGGUGUCUGUUCCUUCAGUGCACUCGAGCAGCACCUCAGCCAUGUCUUCAGAGCCCCAGGGAGGAGCUCUGGGCAUCAGUGCCCAAACCAGAGAACUCUUGUCCCUUGGGACAGCCCAGGCAGCCAGCAGUGGCACUCCUGCUACCUUCAAGGAUGACUCCUUGGAUGAGGACCUAAUUCACAAUCCCACCUCCUCCCUGGAAGCAGUCUCUAAGGAACUGGCUGUGCUGAACAGCAGAGCGGGAGGGAGCCCUGACUUUACUCUUCCUGCACCUCCAAAAGCUCCACCAGAGAAGAUCCCAACUCUUGCAUCCUCAGAGGAGAAGAGGACAUUUCCAAAGUCCAACCCUUCCCCUGCAUCUUCCUCUGGUUCCCUCCAGUCUCCUCUAAAUUUCCUGGCUGAGCAGGCCCUGGCGUUGGGCCAGUCUUCUCAAGACAAGAAGACAGAGAACUCUAGUUACAAAGAGCAUUCCUGCCAAGCCUCCCCCAGCAAAAUCCUUGCUGAUGCCCAUCAGGCUAAGCAGAAGCACCACAGCCUGGUGCGGCCCCACGGCCCCCAGGCCCCCGCGCCGGUGCCCAGCUCCCAGGUGAAGGUGUUUCACCCCAGCACUCAGCUCCAGAAAACCUUCACCUCCCCAGCUCCCUUUGUCAAACUGCAGAACCCCAAGUCCUCUUCGCCCCUGCCCCAGCGCUCCCUUCUCCAGCAGGUCAAGUCAUCAACCAAAGCUCAGAGCUUCCAUUCCUCUGCGUCACCAGGCAGUGCUCCAAACCCCAGCGGCUCCCACAAGAGCCAGGGCUCAUCCUCAGCAUCUCUCAACUACAGCGGGAAGCACUCGAGCGGCUCCAGCUCUUCAGGACAAUCCUACAAAUCGCCUUUUGUUGCUGGGUCCCUCUCCAAGCACGGGGCUUCUUCCAGCAGCUCCUCCUCUGGAGCUUCUGCAAACCAGGGCAGCUCCUCCGGGGCGCUGCUGCCCGGCCCAGCCCCUGCCCCGGGCGUGUCCGCCCGCCCGGCCUCCAGCUCCUCGCUGAAGAAACCUCCUGUGUCCCAGAAGCUCACCCUGGUGGCACCUCCCGGGGGCUCCAACGGAGAUUCCAGCGGGGGCACCCAGGGGGUGGCCAAGCUGCUGACCUCGUCCCUAAAGCCAGCGGUGGUCAGCAGCACCGCAGCCUCUACCUCUGUGCCGAAAGGAACUAGUGGAGCUGUGCUGCUAACCAGUUCUUCCUCCUUAAGUGUACUGGCUCCAUCCUACAAGUCGAGCAACCCAAAGCUGCCGGCUGCCCUGAGCUCCACCCCGUUAGGUAUUAUCUCUCCUAUUCAUUCCUUCCCUCUCCAUGUCAUCUCCUUCAGCUCCGACUCCUCCCCAAAAGCAGGAGUGUCAAAGGAUGCCAUAGUCACGGGACCUGCUCCAGGGACGUUCCACCACGGCCUUGGGCACAGUCUUCUGGCUGGUUUGCACUCCAGCCCCCACCAUGCAGCGCCACUCCCACACUCUGCCCUGUCCACUCAUUUACCACAGAGUUUGCCAGACGCUUCUCAGCUUCAUGGCAAAGGGUCCAAUGCACAGCAGCGCAAGUUGUGACGCCUGCCAGGAGGGGAGCGAGAGCACCCAUGGGAUAAAACCAAGAGGGACAGGUCAUGGACUUUGGAUACCAGCUGUGUCUUUUCAUUUCUUUUCUUUGGUCUUCUGUUUCUUUUUUUCGUACGACAACUGGAGAGACUGAACUGCGAUGAGGAGCUCGUUGGUGCGUCUGCUUGGAGGCUUCCAGAGCUGAGCCCCACACGAGGGGCCACCUUGAGCCAUGCCCUGAUGAGAGAAGCAUUUUGUAGCACUGUUUUAUUGCUGCUGCCCUUCAUGCAUUCCCUGGCACUGGCAGGAGCUGGAACUCACAGGGACACUCGGGUGUUUCCCGUGAUUCCCACCCGCCUGUGUCUGCAGCUGCCAAGUACCUCCAAGUCCAGUUACCUCCUUGGUCUCCCCGUGGAGGGUAUGAAAGGUGCUUCUUUCUUCUGCUUUGGAUUUACUUGGGUAAUUAUAGCACUGCCAGUGCUUUCCCGAAGACAUUUGAGGAACUUCCCAAUUGUACUAUAAAACUGUGCUACAGUUAAUUGGAGGACUUAACAUUUUCCUGUGUGGUGAAUCCAAGGAACCACCUGAUGUUCCCCUCGAGGAUUUAGAGAGACAUUUUCAGAUGCUGUCAUGGACUUUGAGAAUUCUACUUCUUUUGAGUUUCUGGAUUUUUUUCCAUCUGAAGGGAUGCUUUUUUCCUGCUCAGUUUUAUCCUCAUUACCAUCGAAUGCAUUGGAUCGGAUGGGACACUUCUCGGCAUGUCACAUGGAUCGGAAGACAUAAUUCCAGUGCCUUUUAUGGUGGAGCAAGAAUGGACUAGUGACACACAUUUCAGCCCUAUUUCGUGUGCUCCUCAACCCUUUUUUAAUCAUUCUGUAUUUAAAAUGUAUUCUGGUUUAUUUAAUAGAGCUUUUUAUGGUUGCACAUCAAAAAAAGAAAAAAAGCUGCACUGUCUGGACUUCAGUGGUGUCCUGGUGACUGAGCACAGUCCCACAUCCAGCAAGAGCACCAGUUCUCAUCCCAGUAUGUGCAGGCGGGUUCCAGACCCUCCCCUAAAGCCAUUCUUUCCUAGGGUCGUGGGUUGGGAUCUCUUUGGUGGGCAGAGGGAAUGAUGGAGAUGAACCAAGGUCACUACUAAUCAAAGGAAUUCCAGAGGAAAAGAUUGCUCUCCUCCAUGAUUUCUGCACUAGGAUCAUGUGCCCAGCACAGCUGCAGGAACAGGGACCAGCUACAACUGGGGGGUAUCUUUUCUUGUUAUAUUUUUAACUUUUAGACCUAAAUACUUCCCCUGAGCCCCCCCUUUCAGACCAUGCAGGUUGUGGUUCCACCUGAGCUUCCUGAGGUUUGAUUUCCUGCUCUCCCCUGCUCUGCCUUCUCUCAGGCCCCCACAGCCACACUGGAAUCGUGCUGAUCCGUGUAGAAUUUACUGGUAUUUCAGGCAAAAGCUUUCAGCUUCCUCCUUGAGCUUUGGGGAAGGAUGCUGACCCCGAGUAUACCAGCAAAUCUCUACUUUAGUUUUCCCUGUUUUAUGAAGAUCCAAGAGAGACUGUUUUCAGUUUGAGCUGAUACCCAAUUUCCCAAGAUCAAUGAAUUGUAUUUAAAAAAAUACUUCAGCUCAGAUUUCCAGUCUGUUUACAGCAAAUACCUGGGUUGUAGCAAAAGAGCCAAAGACAGAACUUGUGUUGUUGGAACGAAGCCCAGCAGUUGUUGGUGGACUCUGAGCAGUGGAUGUCACAUGGUUCCCAUUGAAGGCCCGAUCCUGAGAGGUAGUUUGCACCUUCAGCUUCCCCUGGGAGCUGAAGGAGCGUUGGGGCACCUGCAGGACUGGGGGUCUCAGUGAGUGACUCGAGGUACUGGUUCUCCUCCCUCUCUUUGCUUUCACUUGAACGCUCCUGCUGGGAAGUGUGGCCGGAGCAGAACGCCCUCCUUCUAGGAAUUUAGCAAAGCCUCUUGCCUCAGGGAAAUGUUUAUUUGGUGGGAAUUCUGCCGGAUAUUUUUCUUUACGUGCUAUAAUGAAUGAGUGAAUGGUGUGGAGCAGAGCUGCAGCAAGGCAGGACCACGCAGAGACCCUGCAGCUGAGGGGGAGCCAGUCUGGCAUCUCUGCCUGGGCGAGGCCUUGCAGCGCUUCCGUGACGGGAUGGGGAGGAAAGGCUCCCAUGGCACUUACUGGGAAUGGCAGUUCCUUUUGGGUGUAAGAGCUGUGGUUUACUAUUCUAUUUUUUUUUGUGUGAGUUGGGACUGUCUUGCUGAAGAUGGUGGGGGUGGUAUGAAAACUGUUAAUCUUGUACAGAACAACUGAAUAAAUUGUUUCAAACUUUC